AUGGGUCUUUCCAUUCAGCUGUGUCUUUCUCUUCUCGUUCUCCUCGCUAUCUCCGGCCAGGCCUGUGGCUUUGGCGCAGGGAACAUCGCGUCCUUGUCUCGUAUUGAAGGCCAGAACUGGCGCCAUGGGGAUAUCGAGGAUACCCUUCUGUCGCUUUUCCUGGCACGCAUAGCCGGCGGGCGCAAGUUCGGGAAGCUCGACGUCAAACGAGUAUACUUUGGAAACUGGCUUCGGGACUACAGUCAAGCUGUUGACGUGGGCACUGUGAAAUAUGUCAGUGCGGAGGCUAUUCGCAUUCUAAUAUGGGUCUUAGGGUUUAUGAGCUUUGGAUAUGGAACUCGUGAGUUUGAGGUUACCACUGAGCGUCUCGGUUGCUACCAGCCUACCGAGCAUAUCGACAAUCCCAAGGGCUAUGCCGAGGGUGAAGACGCACGCUUCUAUGACCGUCGUCUCCGUGGACCUGUGGAUGAUGAGCGGGAGCUGUCGAUUGAUCCACGGACCGGUUUGAAAGCCUAUAUCGCUUCCGAAGACAUGGAUAUUGAUACCUCUGCUGCUUUGAUCCGUCGAGUCCUUGGCCAGUCCAUCCAACACGGCCGUCGCUAUGCACGAUCUGGAGAUAACGAUGAUCUGUACGAGGCCCUUCGCUUACUGGGCACCGGUCUGCACUGCCUCGAGGAUUACGCUGCUCAUUCAAACUAUACUGAGCUCGCUCUCAUUGAGAUGGGCGAGACUGAUGUAUUCCCUCACGUCGGACGUAACACCGUGCUCGAAUUGCCGGGAGCUCAGGAUUAUGUUUAUCCUGUUGUCACUGGCACAUUUGGUGGUGUUGACUUUUUUCACUCAGUGCUCGGUGAGCUUUCCGACAAGACUAAGCAGUCUGAGCUACAGUCUUUGGAAGGUGUCAUCAUGGAGUCGGAGAAUGACAGUCCUUCCGAGAGCCUUCUUCAAGAUCUUCUUAAUAAGAUUCCUAGUGGCCUCCUCGGGGACAGUGACCAGGCUGGGCAGAUGGAUGACUUCAAGGCCAAGGCCGAAGAUGCACGCCACAACCAGCAGGAAAUAUCUCCUCGCGAGCCGGAAGAGUGGACUCGUUAUUUGGACGAUGUCCAGAAGCAGAUCUAUCCUGUGCUAGAGUGGCAUGACCAUCUCUUGAAGGCGAUCAAUGAAGCCAUCGAGAAGAUUCCAGUGCUGCCCGAGCUGAUCGAGCAGAUUCAAGACCAGAUCACUGUCUUUGUCUUCUCCAUCAUCGCUCCAUAUGUACUCCCCAUCAUCAGACAGGUCAAGUCUGAACUAGAAACCGGUUCUUCCGAAGUGAUCCAGAGCAGUCGGGAACAGCAGCACCUCGUCUUCAAUGACGAUUCUUCGUCGGAUCCCACCCACUCCAUGCUUUCCAAGGAUCACUUCUCUAAUGUCCUCAACGAGCCUGCUGGACGAAUUGCCUCUCAGUGCGUCAAGUGGGCUGUGCCACAAUUGAUGGAGUUGUGGGAUGACGAAGAGAUCGACAUUGACCGCACUUUGAACCGUAUUAUCACUGGUAUCUUCCAUCACCCCGCUCAGAGAGUACACGGAGAAGACGGUGCGAGUGACAUUCGACGAACCAUGUUCUCAACCGUGGAGCAGUGGUGGAGUGAGAAGAGUGAUGAGGAACGUGAAUCCCUUCGCGAUCAAUUGAGCCGUGACGGCGUUCUUGAGGGAAGGAACCACAAAGAGGGUGUAGAGGAUUGCGGACACGGUUGUGGCAAGCCAAUCGCUUUGCCCAAAGGCCACAAUGCUAGCGGGGCAGAUUACCAGUCUGGCAACUCUGGUCUUCAAAAGAUCGCCUCCGAGGCCCUAGGAGGGGGUGCAUUGGGCAGUCUUGUCGGCGGUCUCAUCGGGGGCGUAGGCUCUAUGGUUCUCAGUGAUGGUGGCUCCAUCGACCAAAAGACUUUCAAGACAGAGAAACACGACAGUGACGAUGAGGACGUGAACCGCGAGCACCGAAGUCGUCACACUCAGAGACACAACGAGUACCACGAGACUGAAUCUUACGGUGGCUCCCUCCCUCCUCAACAGGGAGGAGGUUACCAGUAUCAAAGUAAAAGCACAUUCUACAGUGACCGGCCCGUGCCUCGAAAUGACUAUCCUGGCGGUGAUGUCCUCCGUACCGAGUACGCUCUCAACCCUUCCAUGCAGGGCGACCCGUAUCAGCAAUUCCGACAGGAGGGGUCUGGAGAUUAUUAUCAACAAGAGCGACGAGAGACUUAUGGAAAUGGUCAGGCCGAGUACCAGCGAAUCGAGACUCAUUACGAGUAUGGGCCUCCCCAGCCGGCCUUUGAGACUGUGCCGCAGGGUUCCCCCCCGCCGCGGAGAAUUUGA